UUGAUGACAAUUUCAACUGGCGAUUCAGUCGAAGUCCAAACGUCGCGAGUUGCAGAUCGCGAACUUUUCUCUUCUUCAGCCGACUGAUCAGUUGAGAGCGUUCAUCCGAUUCGUUGUAGUUCGCUCCACGCGUAGUUCAAAGACCAAGCGUUCGCGAGAGAGCGCACGUAGAGAGAGCCAAAGAGCGAGAGAGUAGUUUGUUUAUCUGAGUGUAUACAUAGAAAAUCAUUAAACUGGAACCACUUAAAGUUGUAGACAACGUCGACUCAAUGAGUAGUGACAAAAAUGUGCGGCGUCGCGUUAUAACGCCGACAACGGAUGCCAGUAAUACAGAUCCAUUGUUGAGACAUGGAGAACUGCAUCUGGAGAACAAGCAACCCACGGGCUGUGAACGCGUCUUCAUCAGUUACGAUAAGAUCAAAUGGUAUUGGGCACCUGGCUUCAUUGGUUUCUGGCUGCUCAUCUAUUGUUGUAUAUCCAUACCCGCCUCGAAUCACCUGCCACGCCCCCUGACCAUCAAGGAUGAGGCCAAAUAUCCGGAACGUUUCAUUGCCGAGCGUGCCGAGAUGAAUCUAAAGAGUCUCGUGGCACUCGGACCCCGUGUGGUGGGCAGUCGGGAGAAUGAGCUGGAGGCCGUCGGUAUCAUCAGCUCCAGGAUGCGAACUUUACGGGCUGAACGUAGCGCAGUGCAUGACAUUGAAAUCGAUGUGCAGGUCGCAUCCGGCAGCUACAUCCACUGGGGGGCAGUCAACAUGUACCAGAGCAUUCAGAAUAUUGUGGUGAAGAUCAGUCCAAAGGAUUCCAAGAGCAAGACGUGGGUGCUGGUCAACAGUCACUACGAUACGGUUCCCGCGGGUCCUGGUGCUGGCGAUGAUGGCUCCAUGGUGGCCAUCAUGAUGGAAACCAUUCGGGUGCUCAUGAAAUCAAAGCAGGCACUGAAGCAUCCCGUUGUGUUCCUGUUCAAUGGCGCCGAGGAGAAUCCUCUGCAAGCCUCUCACGCCUUCAUCACCCAACACAAGUGGGCCAAGAACUGCAAAGCUCUGAUCAACUUGGAUUCUGCUGGCAAUGGCGGUCGCGAGAUUCUCUUUCAGUCUGGUCCUAAUCAUCCCUGGCUGAUGAAGAGCUAUCGUCGUGCCAUCAAGCAUCCCUAUGCCUCCACCUUGGCCGAGGAGAUGUUCCAGCACAACUUCAUUCCCUCCGACACGGACUUUCGCAUUUUUCGUGAUCAUGGCGCUGUUCCCGGCCUGGACAUGGCUUACCAAUACAAUGGAUAUGUCUACCACACCAAGUACGAUCGUGCGGAAAUCUUUCCACGCGGCAGCUUCCAAAAUACUGGUGACAAUCUCUUGUCGCUUGUGAGGGAGAUUUCCAAUGCACCUGAACUGGAGGAUACUUCGAAACACGCCGAGGGACACACUGUGUACUAUGAUGUGAUGGGCUGGUUCUUGGUUUUCUACACGGAAACAGAGGGCAUCAUUCUAAACGUGGUUGUCUCCAUUGCAGCAAUUGUUGCCUGUGGCCUGGCCAUCAAGCUAAUGCCCAACAACACGGGCAUCAAGCUGGAGAAGAUCCUCAAGCAUACACUGCACACCUUCAUUGCGCUGAUCCUCGGCGUGUUCGCAGGAGCUGCACUGACUCUCUUCAUUGCUGUACUCAUGGACGUGAUGAACAUGCCGUUGUCCUGGUUCACACACAACUGGAUGAUGCUGGGUCUCUACUUCUGCCCCUUCUUCUUUGGCCUGGCCUUUGUGCCAGCCAUGUAUUUCCACUACACAAAAGAUGGUUACUUUCCAAUUGGACAACGUGUGCAGCUGUUGAUGCAUUGCCAUUGCCUGUUUCUGGCCCUGCUCACCAUCGUGCUGACCAUCUGCAGCAUUCGCUCUGCCUUUGUCCUCAUGCUCACCUGUCUCUUCUAUACAGUGGGUGUGGUCUUCAACCUGUCCACUAGUCUGCACAGUCGCAAUGUCGCCUGGGUAAUUCCUCACAUUGUUUGUUAUGUGCCUCCAUUCGUCUUCUUUGCCUACUUCUCUCACGGUUUUCUGGUCACCUUUAUUCCCAUGCUUGGUCGCUUUGGUGACAGCAUCAAUCCAGAACUGAUUUUGGCCGUCUUUAGCGUGGCUGUUGGUCUGCUUACUUGUGGAUUUGUGGUGCCAAUGCUGCACAUGUUCCGCAAGUCCAAGACCAUUAUCUGCUCCUUUAUGGCCAUCACCCUGAUCUGCAUCAUUAUUGCGGCUACUCCUCUCGGUUUUCCCUACAGACCCGAGACAAGUGUUCAACGGUUCAACAUAUUGCAUGCUAAAAGAACUUUCCAUGAUGCCUUCAACAAUGUUCGUCGUUCAGAAUCGGGAUACUUUAUCAUGCCACAGGACAGACGUACUUAUGCCGUCAAAAAUCAUGUUAUUAAUAUGACAAUGGCUAUGGAUGUCGUGGAUGAUUGCAAAAAGGAAAUGCUCUGCGGCUUUCCGCUGUAUAACAUGCGUUGGCACAAGACCAGAGCCAGAGGCUUGUGGAUUCCAGCCUCGGAGCCCGUGCUGGGCACUGUUCCUGUGCUUAAGGUCUUGUCCAAGAAACAACUGACACCUACCAGGAUGCGCUAUGAAAUGCAGCUGUCAGGUCCGGAUCAUAUGGGACUAUAUAUACAGCCACUGAAUAGCGCCCGGGUUGAAGGUUGGUCCUUCCAUCAGACCCCUAUACGUCUCGCCUUUAAGCCUCCGUAUUAUAUAUAUUUCUCUUAUGGCGUCAACGGAGCUCCGCUGAAUUUCUGGCUGGAAGUUGAGAAAUCCAAUGGAGUUUGGAGUACGCCUACGUUAGAACUGGGCGUCAGUGGAUUCUGGAUUCAUCACAAGGAGCUGUUGACAUCUGAUUUUAGAAAGUUCAUUAACAGUUUUCCCAACUAUGUGGAUCCUGUGCCUUGGCCCGCGUCCUAUGACACUUGGAUAUAUUGAGAUUAUUUAAAAUUUUUCAGAAAUUUACUACCAAAUUUUUUACACUGUAUUUUAUAUAUUUGACGAGAAUGAAGGUCUUAAAUAAUCGGAAUAGUUUAUUUAAACAAUUAUAACACCGUAAGAUUGAAAUUGGCAACGAAGUGGUAAUCUAUGAAGAGUUAUCUAUCUACUAAUUACUUGUUAUAGAGAAUAAAAGAUUAUUUCUUAAGUGAA